AUGGCGCCGACGCCGUCGUGCCGGCCGUCUAAGGAGCAGAUGACGCCGACGAGGACCCCGCAAGCCAAGCACCGCCUACACUUCUCCGGCAUGAAGAACCCCCACGUCGCCGUGACGCCGAGCCCGCUCGCCACCGGCAGGGAAAAUGGCGCCGUCCCCGCAGAGCAUCCCGUGGAGGUCGUCGGCCGCAUCCGCGAUCAUCCCGACCGGAGCGGUGGGGAGAAGAAGCUAUUCCCUUCCCCGCUGGAGAUCUCGCCGGAGGGAACUCUGGUGCGGGUGCGCACCGAAAUGGGCCACCGCGAUUUCAGCCUUGACGGCGUCUCCGUCGCCGGCGAAGGCGAGGGCCUCGAAGGGUUCUACAAGCGGUUCGUGGAGUCGAGGAUCGCCAGCGUGAAGUCGGGCGGCAAGUGCACUAUCAUGAUGUACGGGCCGACGGGGUCGGGGAAGAGCCACACCAUGUUCGGAUGCAUCAACCAGCCAGGGAUCGUCUACAGAGCCCUGAGGGAUAUCCUGCGGCGGAAGGAGGACUGCGACGACGGCGGAGGGAUCUUCGUCCAGGUCGCCGUCCUGGAAAUAUACAACGAGGAGAUCUACGAUCUUCUCCCUGGGACCAAUGGAGCCGGGCCCAAUGCCGGGCUCCCUAAGGGAAGCACGCCCAAGGUGAGCGCCAUAUUCGAGUUUGGAGGGCUCUUUAGAAGGGCUGAAUUAGGAAAUUUACUUUUUUUCUGAUCUUCCAAUGCGGGCAGGUGAGGUUGGAGGUGAUGGCGAAGAGGGCGAAGAACGCUUCAUUCAUCUGCGGGAAUGAGGCUGAAAAGAUAUCCAGAGAAGUCGCCAAAGUGGAGAAGAGGAGGAUCGUGAGGAGCACGCUCUGCAACGAGAGGAGCUCCAGGAGCCAUUGCCUGGUGGGCUCCUCCCCCUCCGGCCCCACCUCCUGAUCCUAGCUUAAUACCCCUCCCUUCUCUGCUCGCAGAAUCUUCUCGUCGAAUCCUCACCUUAUUUGGGUUCUGACAGAUAAUCUUGGACGUCCCCUCGGUGGGGGGACGGCUGAUGCUCGUCGAUAUGGCGGGCUCCGAGAACAUCGAGCAGGCUGGGCAGUCUGGCUUGGAGGCGAAAUUGCAGGUCACAGUGGUUCCCUAUCCGCUGAACCCUCUUAUGAUUAUCGCGAAUUUUUUUCCUUUUGUACAAGCGUUUUCGAAGAAGAGGAAGAAAAAAAACCCAGUUCGUCAAUUCAUGCUCAACAUGUUUCUGAAUUAUAUAUGCAGACUGGUAAGAUCAACCAAGGAAAUAUAGCUCUGAAAAGGGUUGUCGAGUCGAUUGCAAAUGGGGAUUCUCACGUCCCCUUCAGAGACAGCAAGCUGACCUUGCUCCUACAGGUGGGGAAUCCCUCCCCUGCCUUUCGAUUCCAUGUGCCCUAAGAAAUCUUUCUUUGAAUAUGAUGAUGAUGAUGAUGAUGAUGAUGAUGAUGAUGAUAAGAAGGAUUCUUCGUGUUUUUAUCAUCUUCCUCCUCGUAGGACUCAUUCGAAGAUGACAAGUCAAAGAUUUUGAUGAUCCUCUGUGCGAGUCCCGACCCUCGGGAGAUCCACAAGACGGUCUCGACUCUCGAGUACGGCGCCAAGGCGAAGUGCAUCGUCCGUGCCCCCCACAUGGCGAACCCUUGCAGGGCGAACUCGCAGGAAUCGUCGUCCCUAGCUCUGGGUGCGAGAAUCGUGGCGAUGAACCAGUUCAUCAGCAAACUGCAGACGGAGAACAAGGUCAAGGGGAAGGAACUUGAUCAGGUCAACAGAGAGCUGGUGAGGAAGGAGGGAGAAGUGGCCGACCUGAGGGCUAAGCUGACGGCGAUGGAGCUCCGGGGGAAGGCGCUCAAGGAAGAAGAGAUCAGAUCAAUAGUCGACGAGAGGACUCUGACGCUAAGACUGGAGCUUGAGAAGAUGGAAGCGAAGGUGCAGCGGCAGGAAGAGGAGCUCGGGAUCCUGCGGCAGCAUCUGGGGGAUGAGGAACGCGGGAAGGGUAGCGGCAGGGCUGGCCAGAAUGGUCAAAUGGGAGACGACCCAUCGCUCUAUCUAAUAGGCGGCAGAUUCAUGAACCGCCUGUCUGAACUAUAUUCAGAAGGUGAUGCAGGGAUGGAGAAGUCAAUGGAGCUGGAUACAGGCGAUUAUCAUCAACCGCCCUGCUGUGAUGACGUGAAAGAAAUAAGAGAGGAUCCUCGCCGCAAUCAUCCAAGCCGCUUCGUCGACGCUCCGUGCUGUCUGGGAAUGGAAGAGGACGAUGACAUAGCUGCAGCGAUGUUCACCGAGAAGGUGUUAUUGAGCACCGUCUUUGAAGCGAACGAGGAGGAAGAAGAGUCCGAAGGUGCAGAGCAAGAGGUGGUGGAAAAGGAGGUUGUAGAAGAUGACCCAUUCAGCGGCGGAAAGAGUGUGAGCUCGGAUGGCGCAGGCGACGCCGAUUCUGCCCGAAGAACGAGAAUCCAUAACAUAUUCAGGCUCUGUGGGAGUCACAGGGAUCUCGGUAAACACGCUAAGAUCUUCGCUGUAAGCAAACCUGAGACUGCAGUCGUCACCCCGGAAUUGGAGUCCCAGGCCCUUCCUCCUCCUCAACACGACUCCAGGCUGGCAGAAGGCCCAGUUCCAUCAGUUGAUGACCUAUCUAAAUCCUUGCUGCGGCAGCAAAUGCCCAAGAGAAACACAUCUUCAGAGAAGGAGAACGAUGGACCCGCCGGGGUUGAUGCCCUGCAGGAUGUCUACGUGAAAUGGGAGGCGUCAUCGGGAGACUCUUCUGGGAAUAAUCUGAUCAAGAAACUCAAGGUUUUAGAGGACUCGAAUCUUGCUGAACUAAGGAAGCUGAUCGAAGCCCAACUCGAUGAAAUGGACGCCGGUCAAGAAGAAUUCACGUUUCUCUCGCUCAGGGUGCGCUCCCUCUCGCUCUCUCUCUCUCUCUCUCUCUUGUUUUCAGUGAAAACACUGAAGGUGUUUGAAUUGAGCAUCUACCGAUUAAUUAACGCCUUUUUCUGACAGGAUCCCGCCGGCGCUCCAGUUGCCAAGGAAAGCGAGGCCACUUUCCAAGUAAGCAAGCUCCCCGCCCGCAACAACCUGCUCGGCGGAUAUCUUGCUUGCUUACGCCCCACCAAGACGAUGAUGACCCAGCAGUCGGCCGCCGGGGUCCGCCACCUUCCUUUCAGCCCGUUGGAGAAUAGGAUUCUCGUUGAUGCCGUCACACCGUUGUCGAAGAUAGACGACUGCUUCUUCCAGACAGACAUCUUCUAG